UCAAGAGGAAGAGUAAAGUUUGUCAUCUACAGCUAUUGUAGCUACAGUAACUAGCUAAACAAAUCAAAUACCUUGUUUCCUUGGUAUUGCAUAAUCUCCGUUUAGCAGAUUACUAGUAAACAAAUCAACAUGACAAAAGAGUUCGAGGAUUUUGAGAGUUUCUUGAAGAAUGUUGAUGAAAUAAGCGACCUGGUCAAGGAUCUGAACUCCUCUGAUGUAACGUCUCAGCAGAGAGCUGUGGAAAAGGCUGAUUGCUACAUAAGUACCUUGAAGGAGAAGGAGGAACCAUGCAAAACACUCCUCAACAGGACRGUGAUAAACACCAAUCGCUCACAACAGGCACCUGCACCGACGGGUUCACAAAAUGAUCCCAGUUCAAGUGCAGAUCAUUUCAUGAAAAUGAUGGAAAGCGAUGCAGAGGACAGACACAAAAGGAGACAAAUGAGACAGGAGAAAGCAAAUGCCCUUAAAGAAAAGGGGAACGAAGCAUACGCCCAGGGAGAAUACGAGACGGCUGUGAAGCUUUAUAGCGACGGUUUAGACGAGCGACGAGACAUGCAGCCGCUGUAUACCAACAGAGCACAAUCCUAUAUCAAACUGGAGAAAUACAAGGAGGCCAUAAGUGACUGUGAGUGGGCUCUAAAGUGUAAUGACAAGUGUGUUAAAGCGUAUCUUCACAUGGGGAAAGCACACCUGGCACUUGAGAAUUAUAACGAGUCACGAAUGUGCUAUCAAAAGAUACUGGAAAUUGAGCCAGGACGGGAAAAGAUGCUCAAAGAGUAUCUGACCCAAGUGGAUUUGGAGGAAGAAAGAGAAUGCCAGGAAAGCAAAGCGUGGGAGGAGUUUGAUAAGGGAGAAGAAAAGGCCACGACAGUGCUCCAACUGUUGAAAAAGCUGGACAGACCCGAUCAGUUCCCGUUAUACUACUGCGGAGGGCUCAAGCUUCUAUCACACGCCAUUACAGACUGCACUGGCCAGACGCUGUUCCGAUUAAACAAUGGCUUCAGUAUCAUCCAAACCAAUGACACCGUAAGAAGUUGCCUGUUGCAGAAAUCGACAGCGCCAUGCGCAGAGGAGCUAUGCGUGUCCGUGCUGAAAUUGUGGAGGGUGGUUUGCGAUGGAAAUGAUGAAAACCAAAAGAUGCUGAUGAGAUGCCCAGCCUCCGAAGAGUACAUUGUUGACUUGUUAGCAUCAGGAAUGGCGGCGGUGCGGAAAGAAUGCCUGGCGUUUCUGUCUUUGUACUCCCAAACUCCACAUGGAAGAUGCUUGGCCAUUGAGAACCUGAAUUUGCACAUGUUGGUGGGAAACUUGAUGGGGUGCAUAUCCACACAGAGCCAGCUGGAAACCACAGCGCUAACUAUUUUGGAGAACUUUGCCACAGAAAACCAAUUUUGCUUGCAGUUAAGGGACACGUUUACCACAUUGAUUGGGCUCCCUUUCGCAAGUCUGCUGAGGAACAUCACCACAUUCAACCGGCAUAGUUUUCCAUCGCUCAUAUCAACAAUAGGCAAUAUGAUUGGAGAUGAUGCCAUCCAUAACGAGGUUGCCAACUGCCAGGAGUGUUGGCAGGCCUUUCUAAUCGCCAUGAAGUGGUGUACUCACUGUGAAUACAGAGAGAUCCUUUAUCCCCUCCUGGGACUGAUGAUCAACCUCUCUGGUAAUUCCUCCACAGCCAUCCAGGAGCAUGCUGUUCCCAUCAGUGGCGUAUGCUUGGACUUGCUGAGUGAUCCCGACGGGGGCAUCAUCACAAGAGCCACAGGUUUGCUGAGUAAAGUGCUCCCACAGUCCACCGCUGCUACUGAAGACGCCGUGCAGAGAGGAGUCGUGGGGACAAUGCGGAGGCUACUGAAAGGAUCAGGGAAGACCACCACUAAAUAUUUGAUCAAGACCCUCACAGUGUGCACGGCAAUCAGUCAAACGGCUCAGGAGGAGUGGGUGAAAUGUGAUAAAAGACUUCACACCCUGAGGAGGCUCCUGGGCCCCAGCAGUGAAGAGGCAGUGGCAGGGAACGCUGCCCUGUGCCUGGGCCACUGCCUGGGGGUGCGGGGGGCAGCCAGCAGCCUCCUGGGCACCGACACUGUCCUGCUCUUGCUCCGCCAUGCUGCGGGCGACGCCAAGAGAAGUGCUGUGCAGCAAAAUUCUGCCAUCACUCUGGGGAAGCUGUGUAAAGCAGAGCCCAGGCAUAUGGCAAAACUCAGAGAACUUCACGGAUUGGAGAUACUCCACUCCUGUAUGAAGCUGAUCACAUGAGUCUCUCCAACUGACCCCAAAAAAGGCUCCCAGUCUUUUUAUAUCCCUUUCUUGUGCGUGAAAACAAAGUUCACAUAUGCCAUUUGGAAAUGACACCUUUCAUUCAGCGUAUCACGCUUAACAUAUCCCGAGGCGGAUUUUUUUUUAAGUAGCUGUUUCUUAAGCCUUUUUUAUUGUAGCACGGUUUUAUAUCCCAUGUACCCCCCUGUGUUCUGUUGUGUAUUAUGACAGGUUGCCCAAGGACAAUGUAGCUAUGGUUUUUAAUUUUCUGUUAUGAAACACUAACUAGUAAAUGAAAAAGUUCCUCCCUCCCAGCUGGCGUAAUAUUUAAUAUGUAAAGUUUAACUUCAAACAGCGUUUAAGAUGUUCGGAUAGCUAAGUAGAGUGCACUCUAUUAAAAAAGUCAUUAUUUUAAAUUGGAUUUAGUUGUUCUUUGCAUUUUGUACACAAACAAGGUCAUAAACAUUAGCAAAGUGUUCAGUUACGUCAAGUUGGCUAGUUCACCCUCUGAAUGGCACACAUACUGUACACAAUCCAUGUCUCAAUUGUCUCCAGGCUUAAAAAUCCUUCUUUAA